UCGGAGUUUUUCUUUGCGUGCUGGCCUUCGUCUCUUACACAUCGGGUCAAAUGCCUGGUGGGAGAGGAGGAGACCUCUCACCCCAGAUGCUAACGGAGAUGAAGGAAACCAACAAGGCGCUGAGAGAAAUCAGAGAACUGUUGAAACAGCAGGAUAACUGUGUGACGGUUCCCAACUCCGGCCAAGAAGACGCUGACAGGGAUGGGAUUGGUGAUGCCUGCGACGACGACGCUGACGGGGACGGAAUAAAAAACUCCGAGGACAACUGUGUGUUUGUGCCCAACACGGACCAGCGAAACGUAGAUCUAGACAACUUUGGGGAUGCUUGUGACAACUGCCGGAAUAUCAAGAACAACAACCAGUGGGAUAGCGAUGGCGACGGAUGGGGGGAUCUGUGUGACAACGAUAUGGAUGGAGACCGAAUUAAAAAUGACCUGGACAACUGUGCGAGGAUCCCAAACGCAGACCAGAAGGACACCGAUGGGGAUGGAGUUGGAGACGUCUGCGACAGCUGCCCCUUCAUCAGUAACCCAGACCAGAAAGAUACCGACCACGAUCUUGUUGGAGACCCGUGUGACACCAACCAGGACAAAGAUGGAGAUGGGCACCAGGAUUCCCGCGACAAUUGUCCUUCGGUGCCCAAUAGUUCCCAGCUGGACUCUGACCAGGAUGGGCUUGGAGAUGAAUGUGAUGAUGAUGAUGAUGAUGAUAACAUCCCAGAUCACAAUCCCCCAGGGCCUGACAACUGUCGUUUGGUCCCCAAUCCUGGCCAGCAGGACACAAACCGAGAUGGUAUCGGAGAUGCUUGUCAGGAUGACUUUGAUAAGGACAUGGUGGUUGACCAGAUUGAUGUUUGCCCUGAAAAUGCCCAAGUGACGCUGACUGACUUCCGGGCCUUUCAAACCGUCGUGUUGGAUCCUGAAGGAGAUGCCCAGAUAGACCCCAACUGGAUUGUCCUCAACCAGGGCAUGGAAAUUGUGCAGACCAUGAACAGUGACCCAGGUUUAGCUGUGGGGUACACGGCAUUUAAUGGGGUGGACUUUGAAGGCACCUUCCACGUGAACACGGCCACAGAUGACGAUUACGCGGGGUUCAUCUUUGGCUACCAGGAUAGCGCCAGCUUCUAUGUGGUGAUGUGGAAGCAGAUGGAACAAACCUACUGGCAGGCCAAUCCUUUCCGGGCGGUGGCAGAACCUGGCAUCCAGCUCAAGGCGGUGAAAUCAAAGACUGGGCCUGGAGAAUACCUGCGUAACUCACUCUGGCACACAGGGGACACAGCUGACCAGGUGAAGUUGCUGUGGAAAGACCCCCGGAACGUCGGCUGGAAAGAUAAGACUUCCUACCGCUGGUUCUUACAGCACCGGCCCCAGGUGGGCUACAUCCGGACUCGGUUCUAUGAGGGGUCUGAGGUGGUGGCCGACACUGGCAUUGUCCUCGACACAACUAUGCGAGGGGGCCGUCUGGGGGUCUUCUGCUUCUCCCAGGAGAACAUCAUCUGGUCCAACCUGCGCUAUCGCUGCAAUGACACGAUCCCUGAAGACUACGAGGCUUACCGGAACCAACACAACUACUAAAUGCUACUGCCGCUGGUGGAAAAAGAGACUUCUUGCGCCCGCGCCGCAUGCACUGCUUCUGCUCCCUUCAAGAUAUAGUAAAUGGUGAACUGUCUCUUCAUAUGCGGCAAGCACCGUGUCCGCCAGCCCCUGCAGCCUCCCCACUACCCCUCCUAGAACCAACCUCACCCGAGACCUGCUUCCAACAAGACCCUGAAGAACCCUCAUUGCUCGACAUAGCGCAGAAGAGCCGUUCAUGCUCCGUGGCAGCUGCUAACAAGUCCACAAAGGUGGACAUAACCAGGGGGCCCUUCCUGGAAGGCUGAAGGGUCACCACCAGAGAAGUGGCUUCCUUGGGCAUCCUCCACUGGGUGGUCUCCUGCCCUUGUCUUGCAUCCUUUUGGGUCAGCCACUGCUGAUGCUGAGGUGGGACACGGGCAGCCCCCCAUUAUGGCCUCCCGGAUUUCGCUCCAUAACCUCCAUAGCAAGAGAAGGAAAGUGCCUUUGGGGGUCUCACCCCGGUUCUCAAAUGGGGCACAUGCACAUAUACAUAUAUACGCACAGGUAGUCUUCAACUUACGACCACAAUUGAGUCCCACAUUUCUGUGGCUAAGCAAGACAUUUGUUAAGUGACUGAUGCCCUAUUUUACAACAUUUCUUGCCACCGUUUUUAAGUGAACUACAGCGCCUGUUAAGUUAGUAUCCCCGUUGUGAAGUGAAUCUGGCUUCCCCACUGACUUUGCUUGGCCGAAGGCGAUCGCAAGACCCCGGGAUGCCACGACCGUCAUAAAAUAACAACUGGUGGCCAAGCAUCCAAACCCCGCCCCCCUCCAACCGCGAGGGAUGCUGCCAAGAUCGUGUGAAAACCGAUCCUAAGUCAUUUUUUCCUCCAGUGCCGUUGCAACUUCGAAUGGUCACUAAGCGAAUGGUUGUAAGUCGAGGACUGCCUGUACAAGCUGAGGCUUCUGUGUGAUUCGGGAAUCCACCACCGCCACUCCCAACACCUGAUGGGAAUCUGUCUGGUUCGGAAGCCACGCAGGCGGCCUUCAAAACCCCCAAGCAUUUUGGGCAUGGAGCAAACCUUAAUAGUAGAAUGCCAGCUUUGCACACCUCCAGUUCAGAGGACCAGAGAGCAAGUGAUGAACAGGUCUGUCUUGGCUUAAGUCCUGGAGAGUAAGUGCUUCCUGGUCUGGAGCUGAUCUUGGAUAAGACAGUUUCCUAAAGUAAUUCACUUAACCCAAUAAUCCAAGAUUCCACUAGAGCAGUAAGUAUCUCUUGGGUCUCACCUGAAGAUGUGUGGACUUCAACUCCCAGAAUCCUAUUCAACCCAGUUAUGCUGGCUGGGGAAUUCUGGAAGUUGAAGUCCACGCACCUCCAAGUGGCCAAAGUUGAGAAACACUGUGUUAAAAAAUGCAGCCCUUCAUUGUUUAGGAGAAAUUUGGAGAGCCGUUUGUACAAAUACAGACUGUUCGGUUAAUAAAAUAACAUUUGU